AUGGAAACACUGGCAGAUACCUCCUGGGAUCUGGUCAUCGCAGGCACAGGGCUGGCCGAGUCUCUUCUGGCGCUUGCUCUCUCGCGCUCGGGGAAAAAAGUCCUUCAUGUGGACAAGAACCCAUAUUAUGGCGGAAGCGAGGCAGCGUUCAGUCUGGACGAGGCACAGCAAUGGGUGGAAGGUGUCAACCAACGGCCUGGUCAAUCUCCAUUUGAAGAUGUCAGCAUCUACGAUGCCCAAGACUCUUCUCAAACAGAUCGCCCGAAGCUCUCCCCGAGCCGUUCUUACACUCUCUCCCUCUCCCCCUACUUCCUUUACACCCGUUCCGAACUAAUCUCCACCUUGAUCUCUUCCAAGGUUUACCGCCAGCUAGAUUUCAUGGCGGUGGGCAGCUGGUGGAUCCAUGCAUCUGAAGAGAACGGCACUCUCACUGGUGCAGCCCGGAUCCUCCAGCGCGUCCCAGGCAACCGCGAAGAUAUAUUCGCGGAUAUCCGGAUCUCCAUAAAGUCCAAGAGGUCAUUGAUGCGGUUCUUACGCCAUAUCAGUAAACCCGCAAACGAUGAGGACCUGGCCCCUGAGGCCGAAGACUUGUCCAUGCCCUUUGAAGAGUACUUGGCUUCCAAGUUCAGCGUUCCGGCGGACCUCCAUAACCCAUUACAUUCCCUAUCACUCUCCCAACUACCCCAGCCAGAGACAUUUGCCAGCUACGCUGUUCCCCGGGUAAAAAGGCAUCUGGCAUCCAUUGGUGCGCUCGGACCUGGUUUCGGAGCCGUGAUCUCCAAAUAUGGUGGUGGAUCAGAGAUCCUGCAGGUGGCCUGCCGUGCCUCUGCCGUUGGCGGAGCCGUUUAUGCACUGGAUACGGGUAUCCAAUCGGUUGAGGACUCGGAUGCCGAGGAACAUCCUGUCAAGGUACAACUAUCCACCGGAGAGUCCGUGCAGACCCGGUUCGUGGUCGGCGCGAUCUGGGAUCUGCCGUCACAGAAGGAGAUUGAAUCUUCCGGUAUCAAGGUUGCGCGGUCAAUCACGAUUGUAUCUGGCAUCUUCGAGUCCCUUUUCCCGGUCACAGUCGAGGGGGCCCCUGUCCCUGCCAGUGCCGUUCUAAUGGUUCCCGGGUGCACCUUGGACAGCCCGCAGUCUCCGCCGGUGUAUCUACAGGUUCAUUCGAGCGACACUGGCGACUGUCCCCGGCAGCAGAGCAUCAUCUACGGCAGUGUGGCUCAACCCGGGCCGAGCGGACAAUCUCUUCUCGAGUCCGCAGUAGCCCGGCUACUUCAAGCAGAAGGACCCCAGGCCACUGUUCUUUGGUCCCUGCGAUACACCCAGCUGGGACGGCUGAGCAACGGCGAUAUCCCACCGACCCUCUCAGAGCAUUCGCCCCAUGUUCACAGCUUCCCGCCCCCAAACCUUGACCUCGCGUUCGAAGAUGAGACCGUCGGUCUGGUCAAGGAGGCAUGGCAGAAGAUCAUGGGCGACGAGGCUCGUAGUGACGAGUUUAUGAUUUUUGAUGAUCGCGACGGCGCUUCCGAUGACUGA